CAGUCUAAAGAAGAAAAUGUAAAUAAAAAAUGUUUGCUCAAAAAUGUAUCUUUCGGCUUCUGGAACACUGUCCGUGUAGACAUGUACUACGAGUGAGAAAUGUUCACGUUUCCGUGAUCGGCGCCGGGAACGACGUGGGAUUGAACUUGGGAUUGUUGUUGAAAACGAACCAGAAGGUGACCAGGCUCCACCUGUAUGACGAGGACGACAAGAUUUAUGGCGUGGGUUGCGAACUGAACAACAUCCCCGGCGGGCCGGUCGUGGAGUCGUUCUCCGGCGACCGGCAGCUGGCGCUCGGCCUCCGCGACGCCGACCUCGUCGCGCUGGUCGCCCGCACACCGCGCAAACUCGCCACCACGCCGCACCAGAUGAUCAUCGAGAACGCACCCGCCAUACAAAAAGUGUGCCGUUCCAUCGCUAAUCACAAUCCCGAAGCGUUAUUCGCUAUUUCCACGGAUCCAAUAAACUGUAUAGUGCCUUUCGCGAGCGCUUUACUGUCGACGUACAAUUGUUACAAUCCUUUCAAAGUGUUCGGCAUCACGCACAUCGACACGGCGAGGUCUCGCGCGUUCGCCGGCAAGAUGCUGGACGUGGAUCCCGAGACGAUAAGAGUUCCCGUCGUCGGCGGGCAUUCCGAUAAAACUAUAGUGCCUCUGUUUUCUAAUUUGGAACCCUCCUGUUAUUGUAUCAGUUCGGAACAGGCCGACAUGUUGACGCGGUUCGUGCGGACGGCCGAUAGAGACGUUAUACUUAAUAAACGAGGCACCGAAUCGGCUACGUUGGCUAUGGCGUGGUCGAUCCACGAGUUUAUCGACUCGAUAGCGGACGCAAUUAACGGGAAAGAAGUGAUCGUGAAUACGUACAGUCCGAACUUGACGUUCGGGACGCGAUACUUCUCCGGGCCCGUGAAGGUGGGCGCGGGCGGGAUCGUGGAGUCGCUCUGCGACUACCGCAUGAGCGAGCUCGAGCGGCAGCUGCUGCGGGAGGCGCUGCCGCUCAUACACGAGGAUGUUUCUAAAGGAGAAGAAUACGCCGGCGUUGUCAAAACUUUAGGUCGUUAUUAUACCUGACCCUCGAAAUUGCAAUGUGAUUUAGACGAAAUUGAGUUCCUUUUAUUUGCCGUAU